AUUUUUUGAACUAAACAAGGCCUUGGAUGUCUAUGUUGAGAGGCUCCCCGUCCUGUCGCUCCCCUCUCUCGCGUGCGGCGUCGCGUGCUCGCCCUCUCACCUCGCACGAGCACUGCCAUGGGGGCUAGGGUUUGAACGCCACCGGUCGCUGCCCCCUACGUCUCCGAGCCAUCAAGCCAUCAGUUGCGACCCUCGCCGCGCCGCCGCCGCCGCUACAUCCAGUUGACCCGUGUGUGAUUAAUAAUUUUGUGUUCCUGAUCACCAAAGCAAGGUGAGGCUCACCAAGUGAUAUUCAUUGUGCACAAAGGAGAGGGCCAAGAUAGCUGCUAAUGGAGAUUGACAGCCUCAGGGAGGGAUUUGAUCGAGUUGCUGAGAAACGUUCAUUAUCUUCUGCUAAAGCUCUGGAAGCUGUUGAUCAAAUAGUGAAUGAAGUUGAGCAGGCUAUUGUGAAGCUGCAGAUGAUGAAUACAGAUUCUACUGGAAAUGUUGACCACCCAUCUAUCCUUGCAGAACUGAAAUCUAAGCUGAAUGAAAUGGCACCUUUGAACCAACUUGAAGGCAGCCAAAAGGAGCUCAAUGGUGCCCUGAGCAAAUAUCUCAAGGUCCUUGAGAAGUCCUUCAAUCCAGAUAUAUCUAAGGCAUACAGAAAUGUGGAUUUUGAGGUUCAUACGGUAAACAAUAUCAUAGCGAAUCAUUUCUACCGCCAAGGCCUCUUUGAUCUUGGUGAUAUGUUCGCUCGUGAGUGUGGGGAAUUAGGUGGAACUUCAUUGAAGCUACCGUUUCAGGAGAUGUAUGCUAUCCUUGAAGCCAUGAAAGCGAGAAACCUCGAGCCUGCCCUCAGUUGGGCUGCCAAAAACCAUGACCAGCUGUUGCAGAAUGGGUCUAUGCUGGAGUUCAAGCUUUAUCAGCUUCAGUUUGUUGAAAUACUGUCCAAAGGAAGUAGGGGUGAGGGCAAAGAUGAGGCUCUUUUAUAUGCUAGGACUCACUUGGUCCCCUUUGCAGCCGUGCACAAGGAAGAAUUCCAGAAGCUAAUGGCUUGCCUUCUAUGGGUUGGCCGGCUGGAUCAAUCCCCAUAUUCUGAGUUAAUGUCAUCCGCGCAUUGGGAGAAGCUAGCUGAGGAACUCACCCAUCAAUUCUGCAGCCUUCUGGGCCAGUCUAGGGAGAGCCCACUGAGUGUUGCAGUAUCAGCUGGUUUUCAAGGACUACCAACUCUGCUGAAGCUGACACAAGUCAUGGCUGCGAAGAAGCAGGAAUGGCAAGUUAUGAAGCAGCUCCCUGUCCCCAUAGACAUCGGGCCAGAAUUUCAGUAUCACUCUGUCUUUGUGUGCCCGGUGCUGCGGGAGCAGUCCAGUGAUGAGAACCCCCCAAUGCGGAUGCCGUGUGGACAUGUUGUCUCCAAGCAGUCCAUCAUGAAGCUGUCGAAAAGCAGCUCAAGGCCCUUCAAGUGCCCCUACUGCCCAUCGGAGGCUGUGGCGUCGCAUUGCAAGCAGCUGCAUUUCUAGAUGUGCUAAUCUUUUCUGGCUGCGCAAAACGGCAAACCUGUUGUUAGCUUCCCCUCCUGUUCCCUGUUGCACCAGUCCAAUAACUUAUGUGCCUCUGUAAUAUAAACAUCUACGUCCGGAUAAACAUGUAGUUUCGUCUGUAUGUACUAAACUGUACAGUUGCAUCUUCCAGUGUGUUGCUUAGUUCUGUUCUGGAGAUUCAAGGAAUUUGAAAGUGUUGCUGGACGAGUGGGCUGUUUGGGAGUA